GAUUUUGGAUAUUUGUGGAGUUAGGUGGUCCGCGAGUGUUUUUGUAUUGGUCAAGUGGUCCUUGGUAUGAAAAAGUUUGAGAAACACUAAUAUAGAUAGAUAUCAGAAGGACUCAGAAGUAGGAGUUUGUGGUGAGCACGUGAACGCACCACCAUUGGAGGCGACAGAGAGGAGAGGAAAGAAAAGGGCAAGGAAGGGACCUGUAAUAAAUUCUGCCUCGCACUCUUGGCGCCAAUCCGAUUUAAAGAGAACAAAAAUAGCUAAUUUUUCAUUGACGUUUUAAUCAAAUUUGCGCUUUGCCGCCGCCUCUCCCAAAGCCGCCGCUCGGUGCUAAUAGCCAGCUAGCCUCGUUAGCACACUAUCUAUCAUUGUCAUAUUAAUCUGGCCCCUUCUCUGUGUCUGGCGAUACUAGUAACUCAGCAGCAGUGAACCACGGGGACAAUAGAGGUGUGUUUCUCCAGGGGAUCGCACACACAGCUGCAAAAUGGGGAGAAAGUCCAACAGAGCAAAGGAGAAGAAAGCCCGGCGCCAAGAAGAGAGGGCAGCUAUGGAUGCCGUGUGUGCCAAGGUGGAAGCAGCCAAUAAGCUUGAUGAUCCACUGGCUGCCUUCCCAGCCUUCAAAAAAUACGACAGAAACGGGCUGAACCUGCAGAUAGAGUGUAAGAGAGUGACCACCCUGAACCCGCUGUCUGUGGAGUGGGCCUUCGAACUCACCCGAGCCAACAUGCAGACACUGUACGAGCAGAGCGAGUGGGGCUGGAAGGAGCGGGAAAAGAGGGAUGAGAUGAACGACGAGAGGGCGUGGUACCUCCUGGCCCGCGACGGAGACUCCGCCCCCGUGGCCUUCUCUCACUUCCGAUUCGACGUGGAGUGUGGGGAGGAGGUUUUAUAUUGCUACGAGGUGCAGUUAGAGAGCAGAGUGCGGAGAAAAGGACUCGGAAAGUUCCUCAUCCAGAUACUACAGCUCAUCGCUAACAGUACACAGAUGAAGAAAGUGAUGUUGACAGUUUUCAAACACAACCAUGGAGCAUACCAGUUCUUCAGAGAAGCUUUACAGUUUGAUAUGGACGAGACUUCGCCGAGCAUGUCCGGUUGCUGCGGCGACGACUGCUCUUACGAGAUCCUCAGCCGGCGGACCAAACACGGCGAGGCCGUGGCGGGACACACCCACGGGGGCGGGCACUGCGGGGGCUGCUGCCACUGAUCCCGCAUCAGCUCCAUCCUUCUCUCCGAUUGGUUAAAAGCCAGCAACUUUCAUUGGCUGUGUGUGAAAGCUCGAGCUGCUACUCUGCGAGCGUUUUCAGUUUGUUAAAAACGAACCGAUGGUGCAAUGUCUGGCUUCAGAUAUUGUUGUCGCAUUAUGGAUUGAGAUGUUGUUGUUGUUGUUGUGUAUUCCUGCUACUAAAGGAGUAUGCAGUGUGAGCUUUCACACAUAGCUCCUUUCUCUCCUUCUUAUUCUUGGUUUAAAGUCCAAGCUUUUCUCAUUCUCUCCCAGUUAAUGACAACUAGUAGUUCCAAAUCACGAACAAAUCUAUGAAUCCCAUCCUCACCUCCUCACGUGCUGUACUGUCUUCAAUCAUUUUGCAGUGUUACUUAAACUCUGGCCUAAGGCUGUAUUACAGAAACCGAUCUUACAGUACAUUUUUCUAAACAAAUCAUGUCCACACGCAAACAAACUUGAAUUUCAAGCAGAUACAGAGUUGGUCAGUUUCUGUUAUACAGCCCAGGAUUUAUUUGGGACCCCUACAGGCUUCUUUCACUGAACCAGGGUCCAAGGAUUAGGCUGGAUGUGCUCUCAUUUGAGUCCCAGAAAAACCGUUGAUCUACAAUGCUUUACUGUAAACCAUCUGUUUAGGUAACAAAGAACUGCAGCUAGCAGCAAACUGCCCACUAUUACACCAGAUACAAAUACACUUUUAGCACCACUCAGCUUCUCCAUUCAGUUAAUGCUUUUAAUAAUUUUUUUAAUUUAUGCCACAAUAUCUCAAAUUGCCCUUUCCUUCAUUUUCAUUCCAUUCUUCCCAAUAAUCCCAAAUAUCAUCCCAGUAUGCUCAUUCAGAUGUUCAACUUGCUUUGCUCAAGACAUCGCUCUCAUUUUGAGUUUUCUUUUACCACCAUGUGUUGUCCUGUGCUUCACUUCUGUAAAUUCCUUCCUUCUUUACGAUGUUUCCGCCUCCGUUCUCAUUGCUUUAAUCUCCACUUUGCAUCACUCCAGCUCGCCCCUUCGUUCACUCUGUUUCCUAGAGGUGUUGAUGAUAAACAAGUUGACGUUGACGCUACCUUUUUAGCCGUAUUAAAAAAAUAAUACUAAAACCGUCCUCCAUCCCUUCUCUUAAAUAUUUUGUUAGCAUGAGCAAAUCAUAUUGAUUUACAUGGAUGAGGAUUGGUAGAAGUCACCGUUUCCUAACGUGGCCUCUGAAGCUGUUAGGGUCAAAGAUUGGCUCAUAGAAUUAAUUUCAGAACACUGAAAGAGUUUUUAACGGCCAUUAUUCCUCUUCUUCUCCUCAGUCAUCACCUGUUUCCCAGCCCGCUGUCAUCAGUAUGUAUGACGGCAUUUAAAAUAGUUAGUAAUCAUGAUAAAUCAACAGCAAUGCUGCUUCUGUGAGUGUGUCGUUAGCAUUUCUUUAAUAUUUCCUACAAAUCUUCCAUUCACAUCAGUGCAUGUUAGAAGAAUGAGAUUGGAGCAAUUGUGUGAAAUGUAUAAAGUUAAGGCGUGGAAUUGUUUCCAUUAUCGAUCAAUCUGACCAUUACUUUCUAGAUUCAACUCUAAAAAUGUCCAUGCUGGAUUUGCAAAUGAAUGUUUUUGCUCAGAUUCUUUAUUGAUUUCAGAUAUCAAAUAGGCAGUUCAUCUAGGAAGGCUUCUAUCUGUUUGAUUUCAUAUCUGUUUACAAAGCAGUCAGGGUAUUUUUGGACAGUUUUAAAUACUGGUCGGCUGAGUUUUAAGCCCCAUCUAGAAACCAUCACUAAACUAUUUAAUUCCAUGACUAGUCAGAUUUGACUUGUGGGCUGGAGUUGUACAAAUGUACAUCUUAACACUACUGUGGGUGUAAAGAUCUAUCUAGUCCGGCUGUGUGAAGGGCUUCAAAUGGUAAGUUUUUGAGAAGCUUUUUUAAAACGGGUCAUAUCAAGGCUCAACUUGAGAUUUCUUAUCGAUUAAUGCCUGGUGAAAGUGUGAAGCAGGGGAGACUGAAAUGUGAAGUUAACGGACACUUUCUUAAAUUUAGAUACUGAAAUAUUUUCCGUUUCGAGUUGUUCCCAGACUACGACAUAUUGGUGUGUCAUGCUUGUUUUUAUCAUGAACAACAAAAAUGAUUAAACAACAUAUUGCUUGUUUUAGACUACCUUCUGAUAAAGUCAUUUUUUUUACUGCAUGGGUUACAAAAAAGAGGAUGGUGUACAUAGUGCUAGUGAAUCAACCGACUGACAGUCUCUCUCAGGUUAAUCAAACGUAAUGGAACCUCAUCUGUUUUAUUUAACAGCCGCAGAUUCGCUGGAUGUGAUUUGCCACAGCUCUGAUCUUGAGUCAGUUUUUCUUUGUGUUUCAUGCCAUAGUAUUUAAAGAAACUGAUCCGAAGAAUGUGAUAACACAAUUUUAAGGAGUUUAAUGAUGUGUUACAGUGAAAGGAUAAAGCUGAAAUGCCUUGGAAAUGUGAAAGUGAAUGACAAAAAAGUUUGAACUGACUGUCGAUCAGUGCUCAGUAACAUUAAAUCCAGAUAGGGUGGGCUGUCUUUUAAAAAAAAAAAGAAGAAAAAAAAAAGGUUCAACUAAAGUCAAAAUAUCUUAAGUAGGAAAAUGAGCCUGAACUUAACCAGUUUAUUUUAAGUCAGUGAGUAUUUUUAUUUUAGAAAAUGGUUACAUACCCUCACAAAAUCCCAGGUCCUUCUGUUUUUUCUCUGUGUCUGUGUGUAUAUAAGCUGUUGUGGAUCCAUCUUCAUAUUCAUUUCUUGCCUUUUACACGUAAAACACUUUUUAAACAUGUUAAAAAGUAAGACUCCAUGUUUGAGAGUGAGCGUUACAGUCCUGUCCAUAAACGACAAUGAAAGGGAAAACUAAGUCAUUCUGCCUUGUCAGUGUUUUAUUUGUAUGUUACAAAUAAAGGAAAGUUGUUUGACUUUUCACGAGA